AUGGAGGAGAAUCAGUUGUUGGAUCACCCGUUGUCGAAGAAGCCCAGGAGUGAGAUAAGCUCUAGUUCUGUGCACUACAUGUUUGGUUCGAUCCUGCAAUACUGCAUGGCUAGUUCAAAUCCUAUGGAAAAGCAGUACGAGAUAGGACAUCGUAUCGGCAGUCGAGUACUGCUUCUUUUGACCUUCCGCGACAAGCUGAAGAGGGAGAUUAAAGUGGUUAAUAUUUUGUCUUUCAUCUCCCAGCAGUGUUGGCGCAUCCUGUUUGGUCGACAAGGCGACCUGUUCAAGUGUGGCGAUAAUCAAAACGACUAUAUGCUGACUGACCACAAGUUUAUGCUUACCAAGUACUGCCAUGAACCCCGAGGCGAUUCCUUCAUCGACUACGGGGCCUUCGCCGCGGGAAUUAUCGAAGGCAUUCUUUGUGAUGCUGAGUUUCCUGCAACGGUGACGGCACACACGUUGAAUCCAGAUCCUAAGGACCGGACGGUGACUUUCCUGAUAAAGUUUUUCCCUGAAGCUCUCAAUCGCGAAACCAAGAUGACAGGUUAA